AUGGCCCUACGAAAUGACAUGGAUUCCAGUUUCCUUCCGGCGGACCCGCCGCCACUCUCGGACGUUCCCUACCAGCCAAAGACAGACCUGGCCUCGGAGUACUUCAACACAUUCAACCAAAUAUGCGAAAACUAUCGAGACGACAGGAUCCCGGACCAGAGGCCACCGGACCUCAGGCCCGUAGAUAGCAUACGCUCAUCGGCGGAUACCCUCCGAGUCUCCUCCGAAAUCCUCGACGGCAGCAGAGAGUUCAUAAGCACGGAUUUUCAGAGGCUGGACUUCAGUGAAAAGUUCUUGAAGGAUGAACAGGUUUUUCAGUUUGGUCAGCCGGAUGCGUCUGCGCUGCUCAGAGUGCGAGCGAGACGAAGGUAUAAUGAGGAGCACGGAAUACCGACGGUGACCAGUCAGGAGAGUGGGUAUGGCAGUGAUGAAUUCGGCCACGACUCCCCGAGCCGGUAUGCGUCACCAAAAGGCGCAGGCGGGGGUGCAGCGGGCUACCAGGAGCCCUAUUAUGGUGGCGAGUGGGCUUCGGGGUACUACCAACCACCGCCACCGUAUCAUCAUGACCCUUAUGCCACAUCACCUGGCAUAGGGGCGGGCGCGUCUGGUGAGCCGAGCGCGGCAGGCGGCGCAGAGCUUCCGCUGCCCCCUAUGUCGUCAUUUAGAGCAGCCGCCCCCGUGCACUCACCAACAGACCCAAUGCUCGUCGCCAAACCCACUAUGCAGCCGAUGUACGGCGGAGCUGCAGGAGCAGCGGUCAGCGGAGCGGGUGAAGCUGGGUCGCUGUCUUCUUACGGGUCAUCGCCCUCCACACCCGUACAUUCUCCGCCCCCGCUGCAUGCGCGGCUGUACCCGCCACUCAAACACUCGCCACAUCACCCGCAUCACGCGCAUCAUAAUGGACAGCAAGCAAACUGGGUAUCAUCAGGAGUAUCAUCACCACCCAGUGCGUCGACCCCCCACGCACCAUUAACUAAUGCGGUGCUCCCCAACGGACACCAUGUCGGCGUGUUCCCGCCACCGGUUAUGGGUGCUCCGGCGGAACAGAGGCAGCUCGACGAGGCCAUGGUCUUCCUCCGCGAGCACAACGAUGUCGGGGGCGCCCGAAUGGAAGAGAGACUGGACGACGCCAUCAACGUGCUACGGAAUCACGCGGAGGCGCCCGAUAUGUAUCCACAGGAUGUUCACACACACCAGCCGCCGCAGGCGAGUCGGCUCGGCGGCCUGGCGCAUCUUCAGCCCGAGCCCGUCAAAAUGGAGCGACAUCUCUUGCCCAAUACGAAAAAGCGCAAAGAGCCGCCGGAUUCGGGUCUGGACUCGAAGCCGUCAUCCUCGGGGUCGGCCGACGCCCUCGGCAAGGCGCCCAACAACAAGCGAUCGAGGAGAUAUUUGUCCGUCAGCUGCUCGUCGGCGGACGAGGACGACCUGGACCCUGACGCGAAGGCGGCGCGCGAGAGAGAGAGGCGCCAGGCCAACAACGUCCGAGAGAGUUGCUCGUCAGCCGAUGAAGGCGAUGAUGAAUUGGAUCCACAGGCGAAGGCCCUGCGGGAGAAGGAGAGGCGGCAGGCCAACAACGCGAGAGAGAGGAUACGAAUAAGGGACAUAAACGAGGCGCUGAAGGAGCUGGGCAGGAUGUGCAUGACGCACCUGAAGAGCGACAAGCCCCAGACGAAGCUCGGCAUCCUCAACAUGGCCGUCGAAGUCAUCAUGACGCUCGAACAGCAAGUCAGAGAGCGCAACCUGAACCCGAAGGCCGCCUGCCUGAAGAGGCGCGAGGAGGAGAAGGCGGAGGACGCUCCCAAGCUGCUCGCCGCGCCCUUGCACCACUACCAGCACAUGCCGGGCAUGGGCCAGGUGUCGGGUCAGCCGCCGUCGGGGCCGCCGCAGCAAUAA